AUGCUCUUUGACUUGGAGCUGGAAGGGCGCGUGGGCACCCAAAGGGACGGGGAUUCUCCAGGGAGGCUGAGCAGGACUGUCCGACCGGGCAGGAGCAGCAGUUUGCUGACGGGGCCCAAGGACUCUGUCCUGGAGCAGAGCGUCCGCCCGACACGCCAGACGCAGGAGCCAGCGGUGACAGAAGAGGUGGCAGAGAAGGCUCAGAGUUCCCAGCUGCGGCAGCGUUGUGGGGACAGAGCCACCAUGAGCCAACACUGCACUAAGUUCUCUGGCCUCUGGAAGAUCCUGGUGUGGGAUGAGGAGUUCUUCCAGGGCCGGAGGCAGGAGUUCACCGCCGAGUGCUACGACGUGAGGGCGUGCGGCUUCCAGACGCUCCGCUCCUUCAAGAUUGAGAGUGGCGCGUGGGCAGGCUUUGAGCACGUGGGCUUCCAGGGGCAGCAGUUCGUUCUGGAGCAAGGCGAGUACCCUCGCUGGGAGGCCUGGAGUGGCAGCCACGCCUACCACGUGGAGAGGAUGAGCUCCUUCCGCCCCAUCGCCUGUGCUAAUCACCGGGACAGCAAGAUGACGAUCUUCGAGUGGGAGAACUUCCUGGGGCGGAAAGGGGAGCUGAGCGACGACUACCCUUCGCUGCCAGCCAUGGGCUGGGGGAGCAGCGCGGUGAGCUCCUUCCGCGCUCACUCUGGCGCCUGGGUCUGCUCCCAGUUCCCUGGGUACCGAGGCUUCCAGUACAUCCUGGAGUGCGACCGUCACGCGGGCGAAUACAAGCACUUCCGGGAGUGGGGCUCCCACGCGCAGACCUCCCAGGUUCAGUCUAUCCGGAGGAUCCAGCAGUGAGUGCUGCCAACCGCCAGGCCGCAGCUGCCCCCUUCUGCCCCUCAGCGUCUUACCCUACCCGCCUUCCACUGGGGCCCCCGGCUCCGGGCCCACUCGGCUGAGCUCAAAGCCAAGCUCAAUAAAGGUACACUUGUCUAACCAGCCAGGGCCGGUAAGUCCAGCGUAUUGCAGCCGGCUGCAGCCAGGGCAUGGGCCCCGGGAGACCCUCCCAGCGUCAGGUCAUGCAGUGGGGCAGCCCGACUGGUUCUUUGUCCCUUGCUCCAGCUACUGGACCUGUCGGCCAGGGAGCAGCGUGUCCCCCGGGGACUCGUUAACACAGGCAGACCAGAGCCGCAGGCACACAGGCCUGGAGGGCUGGCAGCUGGUGGGCAAGGAUGCAGAGCUGGCCAGCUAGUCACCACAGCCUAUUGCCCUGGCCCAAGGCGCCCCAAGGCAGAACGCAGUCCCCCCGAGAGCAAGGGCAGGCCUAGCUCCGGACCUUCCCCAGUCCUAGGCAGCCCCGCAGCACUGCCAGCUUACCGCUCAGGGGCACUGAAGGGCAGCCUGCCCCUCUCUGGCCUGGGCCGGGGAUGGGGACUAAGGGGUAGUCCAGAAAUACAGCAAACUGCAGCCCCCCACGGCGAGCCAAAUGGGAGCCUGCCGUCUGGACACCUGGAUCCCGAAGCAAUUCUCCUGGUAAACACAACAGAGACUGAGGACAUAGGCAGCAUCCAGCCCUAUGAGAAACCACCAAGACGUCUGCCUGAGGUGCACAACAGACCAUGACAAGGCAGCGUCAGCCCCACCCCGCCCUGGUGGUCCUGCAAGGAGAGAACCUGGAUGUGGGAAGCCAGCCGGAACGUUAACUGAAACCACACGAGUGGAGCCAAGUGCCCAUUGCUAGUGUGGGCUCUGGGAUUGAGCCCCCUUCCAGGAGAGAGGGUCCCCGGGACAGGGGAAGAGGCCGCAGCAGAAGCAGAGAAGACUUUGCAAUAGCUAGGGUGUCUUUACUGCUAGUCAUCCUGCGAGGAUGCUGGGCCCAGGAGGAGUUCCCUGCCCGGAGCAGUGCGUCUGGGAGGCCCCUUCGGAAGGGCAGCCCCUGUACGGUGUCUCCAGUCGGGAUCCCAGAGCUGGAGGCACCGAGCCCCACAGGCCUUUGGGAACAGGCUAGUCUAGAUUUCCAACCAGGCAGAACGGCCAGCCCAUGCCAUGGCUUCGCUCACCCUCCUGUGCUGGGCAGCGCCUGGCGAGGGAACACGCUGGCUGCCCACCGGGAGGUCAGGCUGAGAGACUCCCUUUCGGAGACUGGCAGAAUGUGUCCGGGCAGCGCUUCACUGGGCGCUCCCCCAUAGCGGGUGCAGGGCCGAACAUGGAGUCUGUUCAGCAUUGCCGGCUUGGCCUCCUGGAGGGGAAAUGCAGGGGCAGUCUGGAAUCAGAGAUGG